GGAGUUCUAUAGCCUUGGGAUAGUUUGGGAACUUUCAAACGCUUCAAACCUCUACAAAUAAAGACUUCAAGGCUUCAAGCGGAAGCCCUCAACUCGUUAAAUUCAAGACCUGAAACUGCAACUUGGUAUGGCUAAGCUCACACAGCUUUUCCAUGAGCCUGGGGCUCUUCUAAAUGAUUUUGUAGUUGAUUGGUCAAAAGAUAACAAAAUUGCAGUUGCAACUCAACAUGCGGUUUGCAUUUAUGAGGUGAAAUGUAAACCCCAUGAAAAAGAACUCACUGCUGCUGGCGUGCUAACAAAGAUCAUGCCAGAGAAGGAGCAGAAUCUCUGCUUUGAAAAAGACCUGCCGCUACAGGCCAUCUGCAGGGAGCGGCACCAGCGCACUACCGACCUGUUCCUGGACACCUCGGUCAUGUCGGUGACUGCGCAGCACGAGACGUUCACCGGGUUCCGGCGGGCGCUCUGGUCGCCGCCCGGCAUGGCGGCUGCAGACAGCUGUCUGUUGGCCACACUGAGCUGGGACCGUCGGCUGCGGGUGUACGAGGUGCGCACGGACAGAGCGCGCCUGAUGGUCGAGAUCAGCCGCCAGUGGACCCGGCACCACGCACAGCCGGCCGCCAAGGCCGUCAAAACCAUGGACGACGUGCGCCGGCGCGCCUACGCCCUCUCCAUCAUCGAGAUGGCCUGGACGCCGGUGACGACGGACGCGGGCGGUGCGCGGCGCUGCCACCUGGUGACGGUGACGCGGUCGGGCCAGGUGGCCGUCUGGCGGCUGGCGGCCGGCGCCGACCAGGCGCGCCUCGUCUCCUACUGGUCGCUCUCGGAGCCCGAGGAUCGCGUCACGUGCGUCACCUGCCUCGACUCGGGUGUGCUGCUGCUGGGCCGGCUCUCGGGUCGGCUGACCGGCUUCGGACUGGGACUGGGCGAGGAGGUGACCGUCACAGACCCCUGGCCGCUGGUGACCGACGACGACCAGCUGGCGGUGACCAGUGUGGUGGCGGCCGGCUGCGGCGCCGACCCGGUGGUGCUGCUCGCCAAGGGGUUCGCGGUGGUGGCGCUGCGGCUGGCGCUCGCCGGCAACACGGCCGCCGUCACAGGCUCCGCCUUCGUCCGGCUGGAGGGCGCUCAGGUGACAGGCCUGUCGCUGCUGGCUCCCGGCCGGGCGGUCGUCUCCACCCUCUACAACCAGAUCUGCCAGCUGGUGGUGACGGGCGCCGACGGUGGUCUGGAGCUGACGGCGGCGCCCACCGCGCUGCUGCUCGACCCGGUGCACUACUCGUGCCACGCGCUGGCCGCCUCACCCAACAGCGCCAUGGUGUGCACGGUGGAGAGGGUGUUUGACUACUACGACCACCUGGUGCUGCGAGAGCCGAUCCGCGUCAGCUUCACGCUGCUGGAGCGGCCGCUGGACACGCUGUUCAACGCGGCGCUGGACACGGCCGCGCCGCUGCACCGGCUGGCAGACACCUUGGAGGCAGCCAGGCUGACCAUGCUGGUGGACCGGUCGCCGUUCUCUGUGGCGGCCGACGAGGAGAUGCUGGCGCGGCAGUCCCGGCGCCACCUGCAGUGCACCCUGUUCAUGGCGUGCGCGUCUCGGGCCCAGCGCGGGCAGACGGCCGCCGACGCCGACUCAGCCGGAAUGUCGGAGUACACAGAGCUGCUGCGCGGGUACCUGCUGCGCGCGCACAUGGCGGCCGCCCUGGCGCGCGCCGACCGCGCUGAGUCGGCCGCGGCCGCGGCGUUCGCGCGGCGCGCGGCCGCCCUGGUGGCGCUCAGCUCGCCCGGCCGACUGGACGAACUGGCGGACGUCAUGCCACCCUGCGGAGUCUGCCAGGACAGGGUGGCCCGUCUGACCACGCUGACGGCCGAGUGUCACUCCGGCCACCGGCUGCCGGUCUGCUGCCAGACGCUGGCGCUCUGCGACGCGGUGCCCUACCGGCGCUGUGAGCAGUGCGGCGCCUUCGCCGUGCACAGCACGCAGGCGGAGACCGGUGUGGACCUGGGCCCGUGGUGUACGUUUUGCGACGGCCGACUGAGCGGACCCGCUGACCGCGGCUGAGCGGCUGAGCGGCCCGCUGCGCCCCCGCUCGGUGCUCCGUCCACGUCCGGCGCCCCAUGACAGCCGUGUGCAUCCCUCCAGCAGUCGGUCAGUGCGCGGUGUUCGGGCGUCCAGGGGCCGCCGCGCCUCACUGGGCGGGACCGCCCUCCGGACGGCGGCCAGGGCCCGUGGCGGGACACGUCGGCCACUCGUAAUUCCACAAGGCUGCUCAUUGUAAGGACCUUUGGCGUGUGCCUUCACGCGUUAUCAGCUACGAGGCGAAUGUCCUCCAUGAUUGUGUUCAUCACCAUCACCGUUGUUGUUUCAUCUCAUUGCGCUCCAUAUUUCACCCAAUACACAGGCGUUUGUA